AUGGAUGUUUUUCAAAAUAUUGAAGAUCAUACAUCUAAUCAAUGUGUAUUCAAUAAUCAUAGAGAGCAAUUAAUUAAUCUGAUUAUAGAUUUAUUUUUGAAAGUUCGUCUUAGACAUAUUGGAACCAGGAUAAACGAUGAUGAUAAAAAGUUGGCUAUUAAAAGACAAUUUUUGAGAUAUAUUCAUCCAUUAAAAUCUAUCACCAAUGCUGUGGAUCAAAAAAAAUGUUGGAUAGAACAGAUGAAGUAUUUGGUUCAAGACUUUAAAAUGCUUCUCAAUUUAUCCUUUAAAGAAUUUUGGUCUACAGUUGUUUUUAACAAACAAGCUACUAUGGGAUUAUGUACAUUUCUUCAAGAAGCUGCUCCUCCUCACUUGAUGGAUCAACUUCCUCAGGAUGGUGAUGUGUUGACCAUUUACAAUGAAAUUGAUCAUUUUGCAUAUAAAUUAUUUAAACGGCUAACUACGUCCUCUGAAAAUGAAGAGAAUUUUAUGUCACCUCAUUAUAUGUGGAGCUUGUUAUGCAAUAACAAUAUUAUAAGUAUUCCUAUGUUAUAUGAUAUAUGUUCCAUUUAUGGCCAAUCAUAUAAAAAGGAGUUAGAAAUAGUUUUCAUUGAACUGUUUACUUGUCAAAAAUUAUACAAAGAAAAUUUAAUACACUCUAUUCAAUUUACAAUUAAAUGUUUAAGUCAAUUUCAAGAUAAAAUUGAAUUAGAGAUUGAUUAUGAUAACCACAUAGCUCAAAGCAAUAAAACCUCUACUGAAAUUGAAGAAACAAAUCUUUGUAUGAUAGAAGAUAUUAUUAAUUUUUUAUUAGACACAUCAUAUAGUAUUUCAAAUUUUUUGGAAAUUUAUCCAUUGGCUUCUAUUUUUUUUUACCAAGAGAAAUUACAUCUUAAAAUAGCUUCCUUCUAUCAUAGUAUAAAACCAUUAAUUUAUAAGAAAGUAAUUGCUAUGAAUAAGUUAGAAAAAUUCCAAGAAAAGCUACACGCAUCAAGAUUAUUACUUGUGAAAAGUGUUAAACAGUGUUUAAUUCAUAUACCUACCAAAACUACUAACAAAUCAGAGAGUACAGUAGAAGAAUAUUUAGAAGCUGUCAGUGAGCUAUUAGCAUAUAAUGAAUUUGUCAAUGAUUAUCAUGUUGUAUAUAAUUUGACUAACGAUAUAAAGAAAUAUCAAAAAUCCAACAAAGAAAUAGACUCCACAAGAUAUGAUUAUUUAUUAAAAUCAUUGGAAUUAAUUAAUAAACCAUAUACUGAACUCGAACAAAAAGAAUUACAAGAAGAACAGUUGGAGGUACAAACCAGUAGUAAAAAUAUAGAGAAUGCAAAAUUGCGGUCCCUUAUAAAUAAUGUAAAAGAUUUACUACCCCAUUUGGGAGAUGGAUUCAUCCAGAAAUGUUUAGAAUUUUAUGACAUGGAUUCCGAAAAAGUUAUAAAUAUGGUCUUGGAAGAUUGUCUUCCGCCAGAACUUACUCAGUAUGAAUUUAAUCUUCCUUUGAUGACAGAGUAUGAGGAUACUGCUUCUGGUUAUGAUCCUUCAAUUAAAGGAAACAAGAAACUUAAAAAACUGAAAGCAGUCUUAGACGAUAAAUCUUUCCGAAAAGAAAUGCGGCCAUUUUAUGAAAAAUAUAAUUUCACAGAAAUUACAUGUGCUGAAUUAGAGUCGUAUUAUAAUGAUGAAUAUGAUGACACAUAUGAUGAAGUUGAAUAUGUUAUACCAGAACCAACAGACGAAAAUGAAAAAAGAAGACCAGAUGUUACACCAAGGGUUUUAUUAGAGAAAAAAGCUGUAACUGAAUUUGUAGAAGAAGAGUUUUCAGAUGAUGAACCACAGCCAGUUUUAAAUUUUCAACCAUUCUGCGAAAAUCCUGAAGAAGUUCGAGAACGACAAGCUAGGAGAUAUGCUGCAAAGCAAUCUAAUAGAUCCAACCGAAGUAAACCACAAGCAGCUUCUUCAUCAGCUACCUCAUCCGGAUCAAAUGUUGAGUUGGACCGGCAGAGGAAAAAUGAAAACAAAGCAUUCAGCGGGAACCAUAACAGAAGAAAUGCUGCAAGAAACAAACAACAAAGAGGAAUGUUUUGA